CGUUGUCUUCGACGUCAUUCACGAUUGCGAUACACGGGUGUAGUUUCAGUCGGUGGCCAACUACGGACCUUGUAGAGCGCGCGUUACCUUUAUACCAGCAAAGUUAUAUCUAUUAACAAUAAGAGUGGAGCCUAUCAUAUUAGUUCUUCCAUUUAUUUUAAUUUCUAUCGCUCCGAGCGGAUAAAUCAAAUUGUAUUCAAUUUGUCGACGUCAUUUUCCAGUGGAAUUUCGCUCUUUUUUCUCCGAUUUAUAAUUUGGUGUCUUGCCAAUCAGCAUCGCUCUUUAUUAUUAUUGAUUGGGUCUCGUCGACGAGAGAGUCAUGUCAACCACGGUCAAGAGCCGGACACCUCCUCGAAGUUCUGGCGGAGCGGAUGACGACGACAGCGGCCAGGAGAUGAUGUUCCUCAACGGGAGCGAGACGGGAGCUGACGGCAGUCAUCGGCAGAACUUGCGGCCACCUCAUAAUAGGGGACAAACAUCAGGAGGAGUUUCAUCCGAAGGGCUGGCGACAUCAGGAGGACCUUCGCUACUGCCUUCGGGUGCUGCCACAGCAGCGGGCCACAAUAAGAGCAGCGUGGUCAACGAUGCCGUUCUUCACGUGCCCGAGUCGCUACCCGAGCGCCAAAAAUGGGAUAAUAAAUUGCAGUUCAUGUUGAGCGCUAUUGGAUACUCGGUGGGAUUGGGCAACGUUUGGCGUUUCCCUUAUCUGGUCCAGCAAAACGGAGGCGGAGCGUUUUUGAUUCCGUUCUUCGUCAUGCUACUGCUGGAGGGCAUCCCGCUCUUCCUGGUGGAGUUGGCGCUGGGGCAGAAGUUACGUCAGGGCUCGCUCGGGGCCUGGAAUCUCAUCCACCCGUGGCUGGGCGGUCUGGGCAUCGCUUCGACGCUGGUCGCCUUUCUCGUCGGCCUCUACUACAACGUCAUCAUCACCUGGUGUUUCUACUACCUGUUCAACUCCUUCCAGUCUCCUCUACCUUGGUCGACGUGUCCGAUCGAUUCGAACGGGACGGCCGUCAAGGAAUGCACGGCCGCGACCGAAACGGCUUACUUCUGGUACCGGACGGCCCUGGACAUUUCGCCGAGCGUCGACCAGCCGGAAGGCAUCAAGUGGUGGAUGGCCCUGUGUCUUCUACUCUCCUGGAUUAUCGUCUACUUCAUCACGAUGCGAGGCAUCCAAUCUUCCGGAAAGGUUGUCUAUUUCACGGCGCUCUUCCCCUACGCCGUUCUCACCAUCUUUUUCAUCAGAGGCAUCACCCUCAAGGGAGCUGGCGCUGGAUUAGCCCACAUGCUACAACCACAAAUGCACAAAUUAUUGGACCCGACCGUCUGGCUGGACGCGGCCACCCAGGUCUUUUAUUCGUUCAACAUCGGGUUCGGCUCGCUCAUCGCCUUCGGCAGCUACAACCCGCCGCGCAACAAUUGCGUCAAAGACACUCUCAUCCUGUCCGUCUGCAACGCGGCCACGGCCGUCUACGCCAGCGUCGUCAUUUUCGCCAUUCUCGGCUUCAAGGCCGUCCGCUCUUACGACCUCUGCGUCAACCACGAUAAAGAUUUGAUUGGCCAGCGAUUUCCCGGUCUACUCGUCAACGGCAGUUUGACUGAUGAGGCCUACGCCAAUUUCCUGCAGUACCGCGACGAGUCCAAAGACCUGGGACUCCGAGGUUGCAACCUGGAAGAAAUCAUGAACGAGUCGGUGGAAGGGACGGGUCUGGUGUUCAUCGUCUUCACGCAGGCCAUCGUCGAGCUACCGGCGGCCCCGUUCUGGGCCAUUCUCUUCUUUCUGAUGUUGCUGGCCCUGGGCGUCGGCUCCCAGAUCGGCACGCUCGAAGGCGUCAUCAGCACCGUCUUUGACAUUCAGAUCGUCCGCGGAGCCCGCAAGGAAGUCGUCUCCGCCGCCGUGUGCAUCGUCAGUUACCUGAUCGGCCUGCUGUUCGUGACCGGAUCGGGCGAGUAUUGGGUCAAGAUCUUCGACUCGUUCGCCGGAACCACCGGAUUGAUCUUUAUCGCCCUCCUAGAGUCCGUCGCCGUCAUGUACAUUUAUGGACACCGAAAAUUCUCGCAAGACAUCCUGCAGAUGACGGGUCACAUGCCCGGGCCCUACUGGCAGAUCACAUGGCGUUUUGUCGGCCCCGUAUUGAUCAGCGUCCUCUUGGUGGCGUCCAUCAUUUACCGCUCGUUCGACAAACCCGCCUAUUAUGCCUGGAAUGCCCAAGAGGGCAAGAGCUUUCUGACACCCUACCCGCAGUGGGUGUUGAUCGUUGGCGGUUUGCUGGCCACCCUGUCGGUCCUGCCCAUUCCGGUCGUGUUCCUGUUGCGUCGCUUCCAAUUCCUUCGGCUCGACACGGACAUCAACAAAGGUGUCAUCCGGCGCAACGAGACGACCAUUUCCACCAAGCAGAUGAUGACCGACGUCGACGAGUACAUCGACACGGCCAUCGAAGAGGAAGAUGAAGAAGAGGCUGUCGGCCGUUUAGAAAUGACGGCGUCCAGCAAUCGGUCGUUCAGCAUCAGCCACCGCGACGAACACUAAAAAUCUAAUAACCCCCUCCCAAACAAUGAUGACAUUGCGUCAUCAACUCGCCACCGCGUUAUACAUUUUCUACUUUUUCGAAACUUUUUUUGGGUGUGCUGAUAUACGCGUUUUACAAGAGUUUAUAGAUGAUCUCCGCGCUAUAUAGAUUGAGAAUUUCGGUUCGUUCGUUUGGUUUUAUUUAUCGUCGGCUCACUUCAAGACAAAGAACAAAAUAUUUAACAAUUAAUAUUCGUGUUAAUAAUUCAUUUUUCCUUCCGCCGAUUUGAUCAAUUAUCAUGUAGCAUCGAUCCCAUGUUUUUGUAGAUUAUAUAGA